UUCUUUCCUUCCUCGCCGGCAGCAGCAGCAGCAUCAGCAGCAGCAUUAGCAUCAGCAGCAGCAGGAUCCGAACCCAGGACCAGGGCCGAGCCUUCUUCCCAGAGGAGCCUGGAGCAGCCGGGCUGAGGCCCCCGAGACGCCAGCAUGGGGUACGGGCGCUCCGACAGCUACCGCGUGGCAACCACGCAAGACAAGAACGAUGACAGCUCUUCGCCCAAGAAGACCAAGGCGCAGCAGAAGGUCCGAGAUCUCGAUGAUCUCAAGAAGGAAGUGGCGAUGACCGAGCACAAAAUGUCCAUCGAGGAGGUGUGCCGAAAAUACAACACAGACUGUGUGCAGGGUCUGACCCACAGCAAAGCCCAAGAAAUCCUGGCCCGAGACGGGCCCAACGCCCUCACCCCGCCACCCACCACCCCCGAAUGGGUCAAGUUUUGCCGCCAGCUCUUUGGGGGCUUCUCCAUCCUCCUGUGGAUUGGGGCCAUCCUUUGCUUCCUGGCCUACGGCAUCCAGGCGGGGACCGAGGACGACCCUGCGGGGGACAACCUGUAUCUCGGUAUCGUCUUGGCUGCUGUUGUCAUCAUCACUGGCUGCUUCUCCUACUACCAAGAAGCCAAAAGCUCUAAGAUCAUGGAGUCCUUCAAGAACAUGGUGCCCCAGCAAGCGUUGGUGAUCAGGGAAGGCGAGAAGAUGCAGCUCAACGCCGAAGACGUGGUUGUGGGUGAUCUGGUGGAGGUGAAAGGAGGAGACAGGGUCCCAGCAGAUCUGAGGAUCAUCUCAGCCCAUGGAUGCAAGGUGGACAAUUCUUCCUUGACUGGCGAGUCAGAGCCACAGACCCGAUCCCCGGAUUGCACCCACGACAACCCACUGGAGACAAGGAACAUCACUUUCUUCUCCACCAAUUGCGUAGAAGGCACCGCGCGAGGAGUUGUUGUUGCCACUGGGGACCGCACUGUGAUGGGCCGAAUUGCCACACUGGCCUCUGGCCUGGAGGUCGGCAAGACCCCUAUCGCCAGGGAGAUCGAGCAUUUCAUCCAGCUGAUCACUGGCGUGGCUGUCUUUCUGGGAGUCUCCUUCUUCGUCCUCUCCCUCAUUCUGGGCUACACUUGGCUGGAGGCGGUCAUUUUCCUCAUCGGCAUCAUUGUGGCCAACGUCCCAGAGGGGCUCCUGGCCACUGUCACUGUGUGUCUGACGCUCACAGCCAAGCGCAUGGCGCGCAAGAACUGCCUGGUGAAAAACUUGGAGGCUGUGGAGACCCUGGGUUCCACCUCAACCAUCUGCUCAGACAAGACAGGGACCCUGACUCAGAACCGGAUGACCGUCGCCCACAUGUGGUUCGACAACCAGAUCCAUGAGGCUGAUACUACAGAGGACCAGUCUGGCACGGCCUUCGACAAGAGCUCUGCCACCUGGGUGGCCCUGUCCCACAUCGCAGGGCUGUGCAACCGUGCCGUCUUCAAGGGGGGCCAGGAGAACAUCCCCAUCCUCAAGCGCGAUGUAGCCGGAGACGCCUCUGAGUCAGCCCUGUUGAAAUGCAUUGAGCUCUCCUCUGGAUCAGUCAAGCUGAUGAGGGAAAAGAACAAGAAAGUGGCUGAGAUCCCCUUCAACUCCACCAACAAAUAUCAGCUCUCGAUCCACGAGACGGAAGACCCCAACGACAACCGCUACCUUCUGGUGAUGAAGGGGGCCCCUGAGCGCAUCCUGGACCGGUGCUCCACCAUCCUCUUCCAAGGCAAAGAGCAGCCGCUGGACGAGGAACUGAAAGAGGCUUUCCAGAACGCCUACCUGGAGCUGGGGGGACUUGGAGAGCGGGUCCUGGGUUUCUGCCACUACUUCAUGCCGGAGGAGCAGUACCCCAAAGGCUUUGCCUUCGACUGUGACGAUGUCAACUUUUGCACCGACAAUCUCUGCUUCGUGGGGCUCAUGUCCAUGAUCGACCCCCCCAGAGCGGCCGUCCCUGAUGCCGUGGGCAAAUGCCGAAGUGCCGGCAUCAAGGUGAUCAUGGUGACCGGUGACCAUCCCAUCACAGCCAAGGCCAUCGCCAAAGGUGUGGGAAUUAUCUCCGAGGGCAAUGAGACUGUGGAAGACAUAGCCGCACGACUGAACAUCCCCGUCAGCCAGGUUAACCCCAGGGAUGCCAAAGCCUGUGUGAUCCACGGCACGGACCUGAAAGACAUGAGCGCAGAGCAGAUUGAUGAGAUUUUGCAGAACCACACUGAAAUUGUCUUCGCCCGGACCUCUCCGCAGCAGAAGCUCAUCAUUGUGGAAGGCUGCCAGAGACAGGGGGCCAUUGUGGCUGUGACAGGCGACGGAGUGAACGACUCACCCGCCCUGAAGAAGGCAGACAUCGGGGUGGCCAUGGGCAUCGCCGGCUCAGACGUCUCCAAGCAAGCGGCCGACAUGAUCCUCCUGGACGACAAUUUUGCCUCCAUUGUCACUGGAGUGGAAGAGGGCCGCCUGAUCUUCGACAACCUGAAGAAGUCCAUCGCCUACACCUUGACCAGCAACAUCCCCGAAAUCACCCCCUUCUUGCUCUUCAUCAUGGCCAACAUCCCUCUGCCCCUGGGGACCAUCACCAUCCUCUGCAUCGACUUGGGCACCGACAUGGUGCCGGCCAUCUCCUUGGCCUACGAAGCGGCUGAGAGCGACAUCAUGAAGCGCCAGCCCCGAAACCCCCGGACCGACAAGCUGGUCAACGAGCGCCUGAUCAGCAUGGCCUACGGGCAGAUCGGAAUGAUUCAGGCGCUGGGGGGUUUCUUCUCCUACUUUGUGAUCUUGGCCGAGAAUGGGUUCCUGCCCUCCGUUCUGGUGGGCAUCCGCCUUAACUGGGACGACCGGACAGUCAACGAUUUGGAAGAUUCCUAUGGGCAGCAAUGGACCUAUGAGCAGCGCAAAGUGGUGGAGUUCACCUGCCACACGGCCUUCUUUGUCAGCAUCGUCGUGGUGCAAUGGGCCGACCUGAUCAUCUGCAAAACCAGAAGGAAUUCAGUCUUCCAGCAAGGCAUGAGAAACAAGAUCCUUAUCUUUGGCCUCUUUGAAGAAACUGCCUUGGCUGCCUUCCUCUCCUACUGUCCUGGGAUGGAUGUGGCCCUGAGAAUGUACCCCUUGAAGCCAAGCUGGUGGUUCUGCGCCUUCCCCUACAGUUUCCUCAUUUUUGUGUAUGAUGAGAUCCGUAAGCUGAUCCUGCGCCGCAACCCAGGAGGAUGGGUGGAGAAGGAAACCUACUACUGAGCCCUUGCCCUCCUCCUCUGGCUGUCUCCCCCACCGGGAGGGGGUUCUCUCCCCCUUCCCAAAAUCUGCCUCUUUCCCCCAUUCCUUCCAAUUACGAGAGAAAGAGAGAGAGAGGAAACGCUGGGAUCGUACGCACCAAGAUUGAAACAACAAAACCAAGACGCCCAACUCUCCCACCCCGGCCCCCUUUCUCCCCUUGCUCCCCAACGCUGGCAGAGAUAGGGCAACCUGUCUCCUCCGUUUUGGGGGUCAAGGGGCACCCCCUCAUUGUUCCCCGUCCCAAAAACCCAUCUUCCAUACUCUCCCUAUUGUUUUUAGGAGCAGCUUGUGGGGCAGUGGGUGCCAGAGAAAAACGGGAGAAACAAAGGGGGCAAAAUAUCUACUUACCUCUGCAAAAGGCACCCCUUUUCUCUCCCUCCUCGCCAGCUUUAAAUUCCCUUCCGUAGCUGGAUUUGAACCCGGGGACCAUCUGCACCCCCAAAAAAUGCCUCGGAUUAUGUGAGCCAAACAGGGCAGGGUUUGGGGGGAGGGAGGGGGGAGGUUGGGGGUCCCACCCCAGAUUUCUGGUUAGCCGUCAUGAUUAGCCUUUGGGCACCCAAUUGGGGGUCAAGGAGGCACCCCGUCAUUCCCCAUCCACCCCCUUUCCUCCCCUUGUCCUCCUAUGGGGAAUAUUGGUGUGGGUCUGUGUGUGCGCACACAUGUUCGGCAGAGAGGGCAGGCAUGAGUCGACCCCACAGCCCAGCAAAAUCCUCCCCGGCUUCAAUAGACCUCUGGGGUGCUCAGCGCUUGAGCACAAAGAUGGAGAAUUUGGGGUUCGGGGGGGUGGGAGGGACCACACCCAAUUUUUUUAUUCUUAAAUCAUCAGAAUUCUAUAUUCCCCCAAUUUCUGCCCCUCUCCAUUCAGCCUCCCGGCUUCUGAUUCCUGCUAGAUGUUGAUGAACCCAGGGUUCGGUCUCCGUGCAUGUGCAGAGUUUCAUAGGACGCAAGACAGUUGUUCUUACAAUGCCUCCCUCGUGUUUGUGAGAGUGCGUGUAUGAGGGUUGUGUGUG